AAAACCUUACUAGAGUUGCCGAUUGCUUAAGAAACAUGCCCUUUAUAGAGGAAAGUCAGUUCUCUAAACAGUAGCCAAAAGGCCAUAACAACACACAGAGCAUCCCAGUAAAUUCCAUGAACAAAAGCUAAGAGACCUCCAUCGACACAUGCAAUCAAAGAUCCACAAGCCAUCGCCCCAUUGGAAAUUGGAAGAUAUACGACACAAGACGUCUAUCAAUCUAGGGUCACCAAUGGCACCAUGCAGAGAAAGAUUGAAGGACUAAAGAAGAGAAGAUGGCAUCCAACUACAACCGACUUUUUACGGUUAACCAAACACCUAAAAGCCAUUCAACUACGAUCGAUUUUCUACUGUUAACCAAUAGCCUGAAUUGCAAUAAGAAGAAGUCUUGAACCUCUACCAGACAACCAUCACAUCAAAAGAGAGGAUGCGGCGGAGCUCGUCGCAAACUGGAUUUGCCGGACGUAGCAGUAUGAUCCCAAGUCAUCAAUGUCAGUACACAACAGCCCAUGCUAGAGCAGAAUCUGAAUGCCUCAAUUAAUAAAACUCCCAAAUCUAGAUAUCAGAAAAUCAAAAUCAAAGCAACAACCAUUAAAAAAAAAAAAAAACAAACUAUACAACAGACAGACGGAAAGGAGACCUGAAGGCCUCCUUUCCGCCGGCCAAAUAAAAACUUUCGCACCGAUUGUUCUUGCUCUAGUUUACUCCGUUUCCUUUCUCUCUCUUAAUGAUUUCUGUAAGCUAAACUCAAAACAGCCCACGUCCACCUCAACGACAAUGCCUAACGGAUCCUUAGUCAAGAGUCGAGUUAAUGCUUUCAAAUGAAGUAAUUUUUCAUAAGGCCUACAUAAUGGGCCUAAGCUCAUGUGGUUCCGAGGAAAUGGUCCAUGAUGAUAAUAUGGUCCGAGUCCAGCUCAUUAGCAAUCGUCGGCAGAAGUAUGCAUAUCGUACGGCUUCGAGAGAUGCUACCUUCCAAAUUCUUAUCAUAACCAGCGAAACCGCACGAUGAAAUGGACACAGCGUUGCUAAACAAGUAGAGGUUUAUAGUAUCAAAAUUCUGGCGCAUCGUCAUCGUUUACCAGUGGGGCGAAACUAAGAAGGAAAAUUCUGGGCUGCUCCUACGAAUAUCGAUUUCUUGCACAAUAUUUAGAUUCCUCUCGUAGACUUCGUAUUUGUCUCUCUGUUUUUUUCGCCUCUCUCUCGAUUGCUCAAAGUGAAGGCAAGGCAGUAGCAGUUGUGCUGUCAGAUAUAGAGAUGACAAGUGGGUUUGGUGAAUCAACAAGCACGCCACCUGAAAGUUCGGCUUACUCAGGCAAUAAUGCCAAUGAUGCUGGUGAUUUUGAAUGCAAUAUAUGCUUUGAAUUAGCUCAAGAUCCAAUUGUAACCCUCUGUGGUCAUCUCUUCUGUUGGCCUUGCCUGUAUAGAUGGCUGCAUCAUCAUUCGCAUUCCCAUGAGUGUCCAGUGUGUAAGGCUCUUAUACAAGAAGAAAAAUUGGUUCCUCUUUAUGGUAGAGGCAAAAUGCAGAGAGAUCCUCGAGCCAAAUCUUAUCCAGGCAUUGAUAUUCCUAAUCGCCCUGCGGGGCAAAGACCUGAAACUGCCCCUCCUCCUCCCCCUACCCCUCCACAUGAAGUUAAUAAUUUUCCAAAUUAUGGGCUUGGGUCUAUGGGGGGAUUUGUACCAACGAUGACUGCAAGGAUUGGUAACUUUACAUUGUCUACUGCUUUUGGUGGUCUGUCUUUAUUCCCUUCCUUGUUCAAUGUUCACUUUCAUGGUUUCCCAGAUGCUACAGUAUAUGGAACAACAUCUGGUUUUCCAUAUGGAUUUCAUGCAUUUCAUGGUGGCUAUGCUCAUGGAUUCCCACAGCCAAGGGGUCGAAGACACCAUGCUGAUAAUGUUUUGAAGAAUCUUCUUUUGUUGGUUGGCGUCUUGGUAGUCCUUGCUCUGCUUUGGUGGUAAAUCAAUCAUUUGCCAUUUGAAUUUGAACUUCUAUCAGUCAUUUGAGGUGUCCUCCUGUGUCUGUAUAUACGCCAGCUGUUUUGGUGCUUUCUUUUUUAUUUUCAAGAAAAAUAUUAAUAGUUAAUAAAAAUACUUUCUGAUUCUGUAGUGAUAAACACUUUUGAUGAAUUUUUAUGUUUUUUAAGAGUCGCUUUCAAAUCCCAA